AUGAGCAAACACGUCCUCAUCCUCGGCGGCCACGGCAAAGUCUCCCAGCACCUAACCCCAAUCCUCCUCAAAAAGUCCUGGACUGUAACGUCAAUCAUCCGCGCCCAAGACCAAGUCCCCGCCAUUGAAAAACUAGGCGCCGGCCAAUCAAGCGGCAAACUCAACGUCCUCGUCCGCAGCAUCGAAGACGUAACCUCCCAACAGAAAGCCCAAGCAAUCCUAGACGAAGUCAAACCCGACACAAUCUUCUGGUCCGCCGGCGCAGGUGGCAAAGGUGACCCCUCCCGCACCUUCACAAUCGACCGCGACGCCGCCAUCCACUUCAUCAACGCCGCCGUCGCUACACCCUCUAUCAAAAAAUUCAUCCUCGUCUCCUACCUGAGCUCCCGCAAGACGAAGCCCACCUGGUGGUCCGAUAAAGCCUGGCAGGACGCUCUCGACGGCAACAAGAAGCUCUACAACUACUCCCUCGCCAAGAUCGCCGCCGACGAGGUCCUCUGGCAGGAAUCUAAAAAGAGGACAGACGGCUUUGCUGGUAUUAGUUUGAGACCUGGCCUGCUGACCGAGGAACCGGCCGGCAAGAUUGAGUUUGGAAAGACAAAGGAGGCAAAGGGCACAUCGAGCCGCCAGACCGUCGCCGAGGUCGCUGCGCUCAUUGCGGAAAACGACAGCUUCACAACGUCUUGGGUUGACUUGCUGGACGGCGAUGAAGACCCCAAGACGGCCGUAGAUAGAGUCGCAAAGGAAAAGGUGGACGUCGCCGUGGGAGAAGAAUUCUACAAGGUUUAA